CAUUUUUUGUUUUACUUUGGCAAAGCGUCAACUCUAUAAAAUAUAGUGCACUGUGUUCGUAACAGAUUGUAGUUUUGGGAACAGAAAAAUGUAUUGAGAUAUAUGUUUCAUACUCUCCCACAACCCGCGACUGGACUUUCUCUCACUACCAUAUUUGGUGGUGAAAAAAACUUUCUAAACCGAUGCUUCAUCCAACUUCUUUUCUGCUUCAGCUUUACGCCGACUCUGUCUCUCAUGACAUUCUUCCACCCCUAACCACUUAUUUAGGAUAAGAACACCCUUCCCGGAAACUCGGAGGUGGAUAGAAAAAUAUAACUAGGGAAACUGACCAUUGAUCAGUGUUUGGGGGGAGUAGUCCUGUGAAGUAAUUGGAGUAAUCACGACACAACCUGGCCACAAACAGACUCGAGAUCAGCUAGGAUGUGUAUUUUAAUGUAUUUUACACGCUUUGCAUUUCAGAAAAUGACCCAGGGACAGAAGAGAGUGGCAGUUAACUUUGGAUCUUCUAUUGCUCCCGGAAACCAAAAGCGUUUAUAGCAACCGGACUGCAGUUGUAGGUUGUCACUAGUAACCCAGCCACAAAGUAAAAAAUGGCUAUAUCGUAAAAAUGCAUGGAAACUAAAAUUCGCUUUUUGGUCUAAAUUUAAAGUUAAGGUUAUGUAUAAGGUUAGCAGUGUCGUUAGGGUUAGGUUUAAAAUCUGAUUUUAUGAAGAUCAAUUAUAGAAAUAGGCGGGGUUUAGCCAUAAUAAUGACUUUGUGGCUGUGGUAACUUGCAGUUUGUGUGAGAGCCGAGCAAACCGCUAGCAAGGCAACUAAAAUGUCUUGAUUACAAAUAGUCGCUUUGUGAAAUAGAAUUAGACGACUUGUUACAUAGAUGAAACGCGUUGAUAUUUAGCUCCUCUUGUUGUCUCAACAUCGUGAUAGUUUUCGCUAGUUAUUGUUGAAUGAUUUGUGACAUUGUCUAACGUUAAAGUGCUAGCAAGCCCAGCUAGAUGCUAUAGUACUCCUAUGAGACGUGCUAGCUAAUAUUAGCUGAACGUGGAGGCCGGACAAUCCAUCGUUCUUUAGUUUAGAUAGCUAGCUAAAUUAGCGUUUCAAAUUAUUACAACGAUUUGCUUGUUACUAUGGUACAGUUUUCAUUAUAACUUGUAUUUUUCGGGGGCCAGAAAAAAACGUGUUAUUUAUUAUUUUUCAUUGCGCAGCAAUUCUAUUUUGCAUUAGUACUGUUGCAGCCACUGAGGUAUAAUAAGGACGUUUGUAGCUGAAAGACGAGAGUCACACAGUCAUGUAACUAAUGCAGUUUUUUUGUAGAACCACCUGCAUCUGGACACGGACAUUUUAUAAGAUACAUUUUUCACACAGAAAUUGAGAACGAAGACCGUAUCGCCAAAAGCAGGAGGUGUCUAACUGAUCCAGUGCCAGCCCCCCAGCAGUAACACCAGACUGCCUUGAAGUGUUUAGAAAACCCAGCAAGACAUAGCCAUGUUGGAGGAGGACAUAGAAGUGGCCAUCAAGGUGGUGGUGGUGGGCAAUGGUGCGGUGGGGAAGUCCAGCAUGAUCCAGCGCUAUUGCAAGGGCAUCUUCACCAAGGACUACAAGAAGACCAUCGGUGUGGACUUCCUGGAGAGGCAGAUACUAGUGAAUGAUGAAGACGUGAGAUUGAUGUUGUGGGACACAGCAGGGCAGGAAGAGUUUGAUGCCAUCACCAAGGCCUACUACCGCGGUGCCCAGGCGUGUGUUCUGGUCUUCUCCACCACUGACAGGGAGUCGUUCGAGGCGGUCGGCAGCUGGUGGGAGAAGGUGGAGCUAGAGGUGGGAGACAUCCCCACUGUCCUGGUGCAGAACAAGAUUGACCUUCUGGAUGACACGAUGAUCAAAAAUGAGGAGGCAGAAGGUCUGGCCAAGAAGCUCAAGUUAAGGUUUUAUAGAACCUCCGUAAAGGAGGACCUCAAUGUCAAUGAAGUUUUCAAAUACCUAGCAGAUAAGUAUCUGCAGCGACUCAAGCGGCAAACAGCAGAGGAGCCCGAGGCAGUGCAUACAGCAGGCAAUAAAAUUGGCGUUUUCAACACCACAAGUAGUAACCUAUCUAGUCAGAACUCCAGCAAUGGCCGUGAAAUCAUCAGCUUGCGGCCCAACAAACAGAGGACCAAGAAGAGCAAAAACCUCUUCAGUAGCUGCAGCCUUCUUUAGAAACAAUCCAUUCCCUACAAUACUGUAAGUUUUGACUGCCAUAUGUGAGGGAAAGAGUCUUGAUUGAUGAAUGGUUGUGUAUUAUAGGGGUAGAUUCUUUCACAGACCAAAGUCUGCAUAGGAUAUGGUAUGUUAUAUCAAUUUGAGCUCAACCUAGAUCUAAUCUGCACCUGCGCAUUGUGCCUAUCAUGACGUUGAGCAUCUUUACAGAUCCAGUCCAGCCUAUGAUUCGCAUGGAUAGAUGUGAGAUCUAAAGCACCAGUACGGCAAAAGUAACAAUAGUCCUCUUGGUGGCUGCAAUGGAUACCAAAACCUAUGUUGUAGCAUGAAUGGAAUUCUUGAAGCUUAUCUUUUGGGAAUUUGGGGUUGGGCGUUGCAGGGUUUUCCUCAUUUACACCCUUCAACAUGUUGUAGGGAAGGGUUACAUUCUAGUUCACUAACAAGGCAUCUUUGUAUGUUCAUAUGUGAUUUUUACAGAUUACCAUUUGUGCAUUUGACUGUUCAUCUGUGCAAUAUGUUUAUUGUAAGAGAUAUACUGAUUUAUUUUGUACCAUAUUUUGUUUAAAAUAUGAAUGGAAUAUGGUUCAAUCUACGCUGUAUAUUGUGGAUAAAGACUUGGACAUAAUUGUUCAUUGUUUUCUGAAA